GGUGACGACUAUUAUGAAAAUGGCCUCGACCCUGCCCGUGAGCUCGAACAACCGGGGAAGAUGACGACGUUGGACGGUCUAAGUGAGUGGAACACCGGUGUGUCUUGUGAGAAUACGGAGGUACCAGUGAAGUAAACCAACACAGACAGGCUACCGGCAGAGAAACGUCCAAAAACACCGCUGCAUUUUUUUGCGCUGGGGCUGGCUGGGGAGCCACCAUGGAGGAUAUCAACUCGAAUAUCAACGCGGACCUGGAGGUGCGGAAGCUCCAGGACUUGGUGAAGAAGCUCGAACAGCAGAACGAGCAGCUCCGGAGCAGGUCCACCAUGUUGUCUACGUCCGGAGGGAUGACACAGAACCACAGACCCCUCAGCGACGGCUACGACUCCUCGUCCCUGUCCGCGGGGAUGGCAGCCGGUCUGGCCGGCUUCCCUGGGGUGGGGCUCGUCGGGACGGGAGGCUACGCCGGGCUGCUGGAGAACAACCGCUGCCGGAGCCCCCGACUCUCCUACGACGGCAUCAGUUACAGGAGGGCGUACGAGUGUGAGGGGGCAUCGGCGGCCACGUCAGUGUCGAGCAUAAACUCACUUUAUUCAGACGUCGCCGGGAGCUACGCGGGUGAGAUGGAAACAUCGGUGCUGGAUGAGGUGGAAAUCUUAGACCUGGAGGACAUGGAUUGUUUGAACGAAGACGAGGACAGCUGGCUUUAUGAGACGAAGCUGAACAGUCCCCUGCAAAAAGCCUUGAGUCCCAUCGUGUGGUGUCGCCAAGCACUGGACCACCCCAGUCCUGAGAUGGAGUCGGCCAAGCGCUCCCUCAUCCACAGACUGGACGUCACCAUGUCAGCCAACAAGCGCAGAAGCCUGUAUGGAAGCCCCUACAACCAGCAGGGCUAUGGAAGCCCGUAUAGCACAAACGCAGCCAACAGCCCUUACAGCAGUGGCUUCAACUCCCCCUCCUCAACUCCCAGCAGAGUGCCCAUAGUCAGACAGCAACUCAUGCCUGGGAACGCAGCCCACCAGAGAAACGCAGCGGCCGAGAGGAAUCCUCCGGCAAUUAGUCCACAGUCGUCUGUGGACAGUGAGCUGAGCACGUCAGAAAUGGACGACGACUCCGUGGGCUCCUCAACUACUUACAAACUCAACGACGUCACUGAUGUGCAGAUACUGGCUCGCAUGCAGGAGGAGAGUUUGAGGCAGGACUAUGCCGCAACAGCAUCCAGACGAAGCUCGGGUUCUUCCUGCCACUCGCUACGGCGCAGCACCUUCAGCGACCAGGAGUUAGAUACACACAGUCUGGAGGACGAUGAGGAGGCGGUGCACCCGGCCUUCCACCUGCCCUCCAACCGCUUCAGCCCCUCCCCCCGGCACUCUCCACGCGCCUCUCCCAGGAAUUCGCCUCGCUCACGCUCCCCUGCUCGUUCUAUUGAGUACAGCCACGGCCGCGGCUCGCCACAGCCCAGCAUCAGCCGCCUGCAGCAGCCUCGCCACUCGCUGCAGGGCCACGACAUGCAGACCAGCGUGGUGAAGAAUGAAGAAAAGCUGCGUCGCAGUCUCCCCAACCUCACGCGCUCCUCAGCAGCGACCCAGCCGCCGGCACAAGAGCCUGUCAAGAACAGCCGCAGCUGCGAGUCCAACCUGCAGGUUGCAAAUGGAGGCUCUCCUCGACACCAGAACCAGUCUGCUACAGCAGCUCAACUCCCGAGAUACUCGACCCCCUCUCGCUCCUCCCCGAAACCCAAACAGCACCUCCAAAGCCCAACGGCCCUGCGAGUCCCACUCUCCUGUUGCUUUGGAGAAGAAGGUGAUUUCAUCCCCUCUCCCAGUAAGCUGCGAACUCCUGCCACCCCGUCCCCUCUGGCCUUGAGGCAGCCUGUAAAGGCCACACCCAACCCUGGUUCUGCCACCUCCACCCCCACCCGCUCCCUGGCUCCUCCACGCAGUGGCCUGCCCCGUCCGAAUGCUUCUGCGGGAGGCGGCAUCCCUCUGCCUCGCAGCAAACUGGCUCAGCCUGUGCGCAGAUCUCUUCCUGCUCCUCGGAACUACGGCGGCUUGGGUGAAAACUGGAGAGAAGGUUGUUACUGAGGCAGGCCAGCAGGGGGCUCUCACGUCAAACUAUCAACAUUAGGAGGCAGACAUUACAACAUGGCACUUUAUCUACCUAGAUAACUUUUACAGUGGAGAAAGAAAAUAAGAGACAAUGUCCCAGAAAUAUAAAUAAUUAAGAAAUUAAAAAAGGGGAAGACUGUGUCAAACACACGCGGUGUCAAAGAGGACGUCCGGCAUGUUUCUGUGUGGGGAUUGGCACUGGAGGAGUCAGGCAUGUCACGCAAACAGCCCAUUAAAUGCCAAAGAAACCAGGCCGACUCCAGCUCCGCCAGCAGAAGACACGUCACCUGCCUUGGUUUGACUGCAUUCAUAUGCCUGAGUGUCACAUCAGCCCAUGGCCCUGCUCUCCUCCCACUCCUCUGCUCUGUUCUUUCAUCUCCCUCAGGUUGAAAUGUUUCCGCACAUUUCUCUCUUUAUGCUCUGUGUUCAACACGUGUUGCACAGCAAUCGAUCUCUCUGACGACGCUGUGCAGCUGAACUGUCCCGUGAUGUUUGAUUUUCGGUGGUGUCUUGCAACAGUGAAAGCACCUGUGUGGGUAUGACUCUGAAAAGAAUCUUAACUCUUGUAAAAUCAGCCAGAAUGUAUGCACAAGUUUGUUUUGGAAAAAUUAUUUAUUCAAAUUAUUUAAGAAGCGUAUGUCCAAACAUCCAUAUCAGUAUUUUGUUUGAAGAUUUCAGCUGUUUGAAAUGUACAUUUUGAACCUCAGUUGCAAGCUAAAUCUCCAAAGCCUUUAUUAUGUUUUCAGAGCGUCCAAUCAGGAUUCGUGAUGAAGCCGGGUGAUUAAUGACCACUCGGCAAAAGCAUCAGUUCUGAAUUGAACCACACUUUGCCAAGUUAUAUUUUCCCCCUUAAGUGCUCCGAUUGGUCAGUUUCAGUUCAAGCAUGACUUAUCUAAUAUCUCAAAUAUAUAUAUUCGUCCAGCAUUCAGCCGAUUAAACCAAGAAAAUCGUUUAUGUUCUUGAAAUCCCGCAACAGAUUUGUCCGUGUAUAUCAAAUGAUGUACUGAAAAAAAUGAUCACAUAUCUCGAGUAAGAUGAGAUGACGAGUUGAAUACAUUUCGGCUGGCUCUGACCUCUUGUGCUAUGAAUCAAAAGGUGUGCCGGUGUAAGCGGAGGUGUUCCAGUAAAUGGUGUGGUGGCUGUUCUUCAACUAGUGCCUAUAAUUUAAUGAUUCACUUGAGUUUGAACAUCAUGUUUUCUAUGAUUUAUAAGUUUGUGCUAACUUUCUUGCUUUGCCAAUAUUAUUUGCGAUUUUGCAUCUCUGCUUGACUGAUUUUCUUGCCUGUUUGAUUUUUUGUAAUCGAUACAUUUAUAAUUGCUUUAAAAAAAAUAAGGUUUAUUAUGCGCCUUCAUAUUUAUAACUAGUUACGCAUUCUGUAAAUGAAACUAUUUAUUAAAGAGAGAGGUGCCUCUGUCAAAGCUCAGAUUCGGGAAGUCAGAACGAAUGGUGCAAAUAGACAAACCACACCUUUUGUGUGAAAGUUUUUGUUAUUGAACUUUUUUUUAUAUCCACAAACAUGACAUUCUGUUUCCCUGUGUAAAGCCACAUUUCAAAUAAAAACU